AAUACGCUGAUUUUGUUAUGCUACGACUUUUUGAGCAGAAGUUGAAUGUAUAAAUAAUAUUGUAAAAUGGCCGACCCCAGCUAGAUUAUCAUGACCAUUUGCAGUAUCAUUAAAACGAAACCUCCGGUCUAUCAGAGCUCAAUGUGUUCCUUUGAAGCUGAUUAGCAAAUAUCGUAUAUAUUCGACGGUACGUAAAGGCAACACUGUUCAUCAGGGUCAGCUCUGCGCAGUAUGCGACGCACGUGGAGACAUUAUUCGUAGGAAACACUGUCAACAAUGUCAACGCGUGCUAUCACAGACUACAUCAAUUGUUGUUUAAUGUUCACAUAGGUUACUAACUAUGUCAUAGUAAGUAAACAAAGCAAAUUAAUACAAGAAGGAUGCAGCAAGUGGAGUCGAUGGCAGUAUUUAAACUAGCGAUGUAAAGAGCUGACUCUUUAGAUCAGUCAUGUGGAGGACAUCACUGAGUGCAGGAUUCAGGUGCUUUGUAUGCAAGAGUGCUGGAAUAAAGGGAAUUUGGGGCUCCAAUGCAGUGCGAAGAUGCAGCGCUCCGGCCUUACCUACAGACAGGAUCACGGCACGUCAGGCAGCAGACUUAUGGAAGAGAUACUUUGAAGAAAUGGGAGUGACAGAGCCUGACCACUCCAGCAGUUACAUCAUUGCUUAUCUACUCGGGGCUAAAACUAUGGAAAGUGUAGAGAAGGGCAAGCUAACAGAGUUUCUCAGCCAAGAUAAAACUGAGCAGAUAUGGAAGCUCUGCACCAGGCGCCUGUCAGGAAUGCCUGUGCAGUAUGUUAUCGAGGAGUGGGACUUUAGAGAUCUAACACUGAAGAUGAGACCGCCUGUGUUCAUACCAAGACCUGAAACAGAGGAGUUGGUUGAACUCGUGCUCUCAGACUUAAAUAUGAAGCCCAGGACAGGAGCGGGGCACGAGGCCCUGCUAACAUGCUUGGAGGUGGGAUGUGGCUCUGGAGCCAUUUCUCUAAGUCUGCUGAAGAGUCUGCCUCAGCUUCAAGUCAUCGCAGUGGAUCAAAGUCAGGAUGCAGUGGAUUUAACAAGACACAACGCAGUGAGGUUGGGGCUUCAGGACAGAUUACAGGUCUGUCAUAUCGACGUAAUGGAAGAUGCUGAAGCUGUGUUGAGCCUCUGUAACACUGUUUCAGUUUUGGUCAGUAACCCUCCGUACCUGUUCUCAGAAGAUAUGACGUUAUUACAACCUGAAAUAUAUAGGUUUGAAGACCAUGCUGCUUUAGACGGAGGUAAAGAUGGCCUAAAAGUGAUCAAACAGAUUUUGAUUCAGGCUCCACAGAUUCUGUCAAAUCAUGGACGUGUUUACUUGGAGGUAGAUCCCAGGCACCCACCGCUCAUUCAGCGGUGGGUGGAGGCGAAUGUGGAAGAGAUCCAUUAUAUGGAGACGAGGUGCGACAUCAAUAACAGGCCGCGAUUCUGCAUCCUUCAGAAAGAAAAGUCAAACAAGGACCACAAGCUGGAUCUGGAUUGAGAAACUGAGAUCCUAUUACGCUGGCUUUAACCCAGGUUGCCACAGCCGGCACUCCCCUGCCCCCCUCUUAGCCAGGGAGCAUGCACACGCAUUGAUUCUAUCACUAAAAAGUCCCAAUUUGCAAAGGCUCAAAUGAUUUACACAUCGCUACUGCACUUUUAAUCCGCCAACAGUUGUGAUCACAUCCUGUGGCAGGAUAAAAAAAAUGUGUGUGACAAGCUCAAAAGCAGGCUCAAAGCUGAAGGUAAUUACCCAGGCUUUUCUUAGAACCCUCCCUCCCAGAAUCUCGCCCUCUUCCCAGGAAGCACUCAGUAGUUCUGUGAAUCCGCUGAUGAACGGUCCUCCCCUUCACUUGUCCACUCGCUGACUCAGAUGCAGGCUGUGUGUGCAUUGUUGAGCAAAAAAAAAAACCACACAAUGUGGCCUUCGGUUCCUCACACAAUCUGGGUCUCAAACACUUGAAGCUCAAAGGCCACAAAGUCUUUGUGUUUCAAAGGUGAUUGAAGGCAAGCAUAUUUCGUAACCAAGUGUCACAAGAGCAGUCAUCAUGUGGUGGUUUGUAAUAAUGAUUAUGGCAGUUUUUCCUUUAGACCCUGUGAGUAACACUGCUAUUUUUAAGCAAUGCAAGAAUACGGAUAAAAGGGACACAACGUGAGAAUCCAGUUGGUUAUUUUAAUAGAAAAAUGUACACAUGUAAAAGGUAGAAAAAACGUCUUACUGAGAAAAAAUAAAAUUACAUGAACAAUG